AGUCGUUUGGCCUUCGUCCUGGAGUAAACAUCGUGCGGAAAAUCGUGCCUAAAAUUUACCACAGAAGUCUCUACUUUGAAAGAUGGGUCUGUUAACUGAAGGAACUCCUCUCACUUGGGAAGAAAUCAAGAAAUGGACACAACAUGUAAGGGAACAUGGCAUCAUUCAGUUCAUCAACAUGUACAAAAAGCUCAGGGACCGUGAAGGUGAUAUUCUCAAAUGGGGAGAUGAAGUUGAGUAUAUCAUUGUUAAAUUUCUACAUGACAAAAACCAAGCAAAAGUGAGUCUUCGUGGUCAUGAAUUGUUGGCUAUACUAAAUGAAAAAGAACUAGCAGACCCUAAUGGUGUUAAAUCCUUGUGGAGGCCAGAGUUUGCUUCUUACAUGAUAGAGGGUACCCCAGGGAAGCCCUAUGGAGGCCUCCUGGCACAUUUCAACAUUGUAGAAGCAAAUAUGAGACACAGAAGAGAGGAAGUCAGUCAACUUUUGAAGCCUGAUGAAGUUGUUAUGAGCAUCACUAGUUUCCCAAGAUUAGGUUGUGGUGAUUUCACGGACCCACCAUCGAAACCCAACCCGAAAAGUGGCGAAACUAGGUCAAUAUUCCUGCCUGAUGAGACAGUGAAUCAGGGCCAUCCGAGGUUCCUUGGUCUGGCAAGAAACAUCAGGGAGCGUAGAGGAGAUACACCAUCUAUCAAUAUACCAGUAUUCCGAGAUACCAACACGAAAAUCCCCAUAGACGACACGCAAACAUACUACAAGGACGCUUUGCCCGACCAUGUUUACAUGGACGCAAUGGGAUUCGGCAUGGGAUGUUGUUGUCUUCAACUGACUUUCCAGGCUUGCAACAUCACGGAAGCUAGGACUCUGUACGACCAGCUGACGCCUCUCUGUCCCAUCAUGCUGGCAUUCAGCGCCGCUUCGCCGCUGCACCGGGGCUUCGUCACCGACUCCGACUGCCGCUGGAGCAUCAUCUCGGGCUCCGUGGACUGUCGCACGGAGGAGGAGAGGGGCCUCAAGCCGCUGCGCCACAACAAGUUCGUGAUCAAGAAGUCGCGUUACGACUCCAUCGACUCCUAUUUGUCUCCUCAGGGCGAGAAGUACAACGACAUCCCGCUGCUGUACAACCAGGAGGACUACGACAAGCUGAUUGACAACGGCAUCGAUCCGCUGCUGGCAGGGCACAUCGCGCAUCUCUUCAUUAGGGACACCAUGUCUCUGUUCUCGGAGAGGAUCCAUCAGGAUGAUGAGAACGAAACGGAUCACUUCGAGAAUAUUCAAUCAACCAACUGGCAAACUAUGAGGUUCAAACCUCCUCCUCCAAACUCUACCAUCGGUUGGAGGGUGGAAUUCAGACCUUGUGAAGUCCAGAUCACGGAUUUCGAAAAUGCCGCCAUAGUGUGCUUCAUUGUACUUCUAACUCGGGUGAUACUCUCCUACCAGCUCAACUUUUUGAUACCCAUCAGCAAGGUAGAUGAGAACAUGCAGAACGCUCAGAAGCGCAACGCGGCCAGAGAACAGAAAUUCUGGUUCAGGAAAGACGUGACCACUCACGUCAGUCCUCCUGCGGCCAACGAGUGCUGCAAGACCGGCUCCAGGAACUGCGAGGAGCCCCAAAACUGUGAUAUGUUCGUGCAGAUGUCGGUCAAUGAAAUCAUCAAUGGAAAAGAAGGGGAAUUCCCGGGCCUUAUACCCUUAAUAAAUAGUUAUUUAAGCAGCAUGGACGUGGACGCAGAUACACACUGUACAAUUCAGCAAUACCUAAAAUUCAUACAGCGAAGGGCAUCAGGGGAAAUUCUGACGACAGCUUCUUGGAUAAGAAAAUUUGUCACAGAACAUAAGGAUUACAGGCAAGACUCAGUAGUAACAGAUAAAAUAAACUAUGAUCUGCUGAAGACCCUAAACCAAAUUCAAGCUGGAGAACUGCACUGCCCUCUGCUGUUAGGAACAAGUACCAUGUCCAAAACUAAUGAUAGUGUCCCAACGGCAUUUACUAAAUAAGGAUAGUACCUACUCAUUUUUUAUUGCCUUUUUUUAUGUACUUGACAUUCAAAGUGAUCUUGUUGAAGUUCAGAUUUGUUGAAGAAAGUGGUGCUAUAUACAGGGUAAGUUGAAAAAUCGAGAAGUUUCAUAUUAUGGGGGGCCCUUUUGUUUUAUGUAAUAAUAAUAACAUUCAAAGUGAUCUUCUUGAAGUUCAGAUUUGUUGAGGAGGGUUGUGCAAUAAACAGGGUAUGUAAAAAAUCGAGAAGUUUCAUAUUAUGGGGCCCCUUAUUCUGUUUCAUGUAAUGAUAAACAUCACUUCAUUUGGCAAGUGUUUUAAGUUUUGUUGAGUGUUUUGUAAUUGUUUACUACUUUUGCAACCUUUUUUAUAUUUUUUUGGUAUACGAUUAAUUAUCAGUAUUUCAUAAUAAACAGGGCAUUUAGAUAUUUUACAUAGUAUAAUUUGUUAAGAUAGUAUUUUCAAUUGAUAUUUUCAUAGAUUUGUUGUUAUUUUUGAUCAUGUUUUUUAUAAUAAUAAAAUUUUUCC